AUGAAUAGCCUGCUGGCAACACCCCCUGUUCCACCACACUUCUACGAGCACUGCCGACUCUCUCCCUCCCGGUCCAUGUCCUCUACCAAUCCUAGUGGCAACAGAAAACGAAAAGCUGAAGAUGAUUACCUCCCAAGCGACCAUGACACUCGAAUGUCCGCUUCUCCUUCGAACUCCCCAGCGUUUCCCCCGAGGCCACUACCUGCUUCUCGUCAGAUCAAACGACCGAGACCAAAUAUUUCAGGUCGGCCCUUAUCUUUAUCCCGCCUGUUGGAGACGCUGGAUACCGAUGCCCUUCGUUCCGUCUUACGGUCAAUGUGUGACAGACACCCAGAGCUUGCAACGGAAGUGGUACAUACCGCUCCUCGACCAAGCGUUAGCUCUGCCUUGCAGGUUCUAAACAACUACCAAUCAGCCCUCCAUUCUUCUAUCCCUCUUGGAGGGAAUUCCUCUUCAGAUUAUGCAUAUAACCGCGUCCGCCAGCAUAUUGUCAACCUCCUCGACGCCUUGAGUGAUUUCACACCUCACUUUCUACCACCCAACGAAUCCCAGACUUCGACAGCCUUAAGUUACCUUGACGGUGCCACUGAGAUUCUACAUCGACUCCCCAGGUGGGACACGCCGCAAAACAACUUAGAGAAAGAUGCCGCCUAUGAGGAAAUGGCUAAAGCGUGGAUACUGGUUAUUCGGGAAGCUGGGAAACGUGGCGGCGGCAUCCAGUUGCAAUAUGGCGGAUGGGAUGAGAAACUUUCAAAGCACAACCAGACAGCCGGAGGGAAACUUCAGGACGCUGUCGACGUUCUGAGUUCUAACCUUGGUUGGAUGGGGACCAGUCAGGAUUUGUCUAAUAAUCAGGGAGUGGAUACUUCAUCGAUACGCCAGCAGCUCCUUUCUGGCACUUACGGCAGUGGUAUGCCACUGAAGGUCGGCCGCUGGUGA